UGGAUUUCUGAUCAAUGAACAAUUUUUUUUGGUAGAAAGAAGGCAAUGUUAGAGACGACAGGUUAUCACCAAAUCCUCCGUUCGAUGCAUCUACAAGAUCAACAGGUCAGGCUGCUGCAACAACACCCGCUGGUGAUCACGUGGUGCAAAACAAGCCAUUGGAGAAAGAUGUCACCGACCAAACCACACCAUCUCCAAAGCCUGUAUUCGACAAUGAUUACAAGUUGACGGACGAAGACAUAGAGGUGGCAGCUUUCCUCCGCCAAAGUUACGAAGAUGCUGAUGUAGUUGACGUCGGAGAGACGGUGCUUAAAGUUCAUCACCUAAAGCAAAAUGUCAUAAAAAAAUUCAUUUUCGAUGAGGUUAUUCAUGCAUAUGCCCACAUUAGUAAUAUAGAGACUGAUACUACAUCAGUUCUAUACCCCAAAGAUACCAGGAAGCUGUUACAAUCAUACGGAGGUACUGCUCGGGCACAUGGUCCCAGCGAAAGCAAUUGGCUUGCUCGUAUAGCAAAAAAAUGUGUGGGACGCCGAACGGUUCGAAUCCCGUUCAAUGUAAACAAUAUGCACUGGCAUCUACUUGUGUUGAAUUUCGACAAAGAAGAGAUUCAAGUCCUCAACUCUCUGCCGCUUAUUCGUGACGAGGCCAAAGAAACUACACUGGUGGAGUGCAUUCAGACAUGCAUCAUAGAAGCAGUCCAGGGCGGCUUGGUACAAACACCAGGUCCCAUCAACAUUACAGAGUGGAAGAAAGUAUGCUAUACAAACAUCCCACAACAGGAGGAUGGCUAUUCUUGCGGGUCAUACACUCUGAAAUACAUGUUGUAUUGGGACGGGGAAAAGAUGACCGAUGAUUUCACACAGGCACAAAUUCAUAUUUUCAACUGGAAAAUAUGUACAAGCCUUCUACGUUCAGAUUGUAACACGCUUCGACUAGAAUCCUAUGAGAAACCUAUACUGAAGAAGGCCUACAAAGCUAGAAUGGCAAAGCUUGACAAAGACAAUGCUGCAGAUGAUGACAUCCAGGUAAUCAGCAAUCCAAAUGAUGCCAGCAAAAAUGAAGAAAGCCCUCCAAAUGAUGCCAGCAUAAAGGAAAUCAGCCCUCCAAGGCCAAUUGGCAGCCAAAAGCGGAAACGCGGGCGUCCAAGGAAGAUUGAAACUCUUAAACCUACUAAUCCUGUAAAGGAUCAAUAUAAAUUAACCACAGAUGCUGUCACUGGGCUUGUGGAGGGAAGAGCACGCAGGAAAUCAAAUCCUGGGCCCCAACAGGUGAGCCCAUACAAGGAACUAUGAAACUCACAGGGAGUGGCUGUCAAGGGUAGUUUCAGAUGAGCUGCUCUUAUAGCAUGUGACAAUUUAGACACAGUUAUGUUCUUCAAUCUAUGCCUAUACUUAAGUUCUGCCAUUUUGUCAUAUUGCUGGUAAACUUUGUAAUUUUAAGUUCGAAACGAUCUGGAGAGUUGUUACAUUUUAAUGUAAGCCAUUUGUUUGGCUUGACUAUUCUACAUGACUACUCAAUGCUGCAGUGUUGUUGGUGUGUUAUUCAAAAUUAUCCUCGAAUCUCGAGUUAAGCGGAACU